UUAUAUAUCCAUAUAUAAAUUAAAAACUUAAUAUUACAAAUAUUAUAUAUUCUUCAUACAUUCAUAUUCACGUCUUAUCGAUUUGUCAAUUGUCCCUUUCUUCUUCAUCUGUAAUUUUGUCUCUGUCUUCUUUAGGUUUCUCAGUUACUUCACUGCACAUAGCCUCAAUGGACGAAGAGCUUCAUGUUUUAGCAGUAGAUGACAAUCUCAUUGACCGUAAACUUGUAGAGAGAAUUCUCAAGAUCUCUUCCUGCAAAGUGACAACUGCAGAAAAUGGGCUUAGAGCAUUGGAGUACUUAGGCUUGGGAGAUCCACAACAGACUGAGUCAUUAACUACCAACAGUGUUAUGAAGGUGAAUCUUAUCAUCACUGAUUAUUGUAUGCCAGGGAUGACAGGUUUUGAGCUUCUCAAGAUAGUAAAGCAGGAAUCUUCGAAUCUUAAGGAAGUACCUGUUGUGAUUUUGUCAUCAGAGAACAUUCCUACUCGCAUCAACAAGUGUUUAGCCAGCGGAGCUCAGAUGUUUAUGCAGAAGCCAUUGAAAUUAUCGGAUGUAGAGAAACUCAAGGGUCAUGUCUUAAACUGCAGGAGCUGAAGAUCUGCUUAAUC